AUAGUACAACCACAACUGGCGUGCUUUAACUGCAGGAAAAGCUCCCUAAAAAAGCCCAUCUCUCUCUCUCUCUCCUCUGAAACACACUGUAAAUAUACACACACUGUACCUCUCCCCCUACUCUUCCUUCCUUCCUUUCUCUCUCCUCUUCCCCAUACAUUUUCUCUCUCUACAUUUCUGGAAAACGUGUGUAAAUAUAAGUAUUUAGGAGGGAAAAAUUAAAACAAAAAUUCACCCCAUUUUUUGCAUCACCCAAACUACAACUGAUCAAUUUUCAUUUUCAUAGCCAUUAUUAUUAUAAUUACAGAAAAAUAUUUAUUUACUAAAAAAGAUCAGAUUUUUAUUUGAUCUUGAAAUCUGGGUCAGAAGAAAAUUUUUCUCCAAAGUUCUGAAAUUUGCAGAGAAGAUUAAUGGUAAAGGCGGCUAAGAGUUAAAUACGUGGUGUUGUGGUUCUGAUAGUGAGAUGGGUUUUGAGGGGACAUGUUAUUUAUUACACCAUAUGUUAAAAGUUAGUAGCAAAAAAUUUAAUUUAAUUUCAUAAAUUACUUUUUUUGGGUGAGAAAAGAAUAGGUUUUUUUUGGGGUUUGGAUAAUUUUAAAGAGAGAUAUUGAGCUGGGUUUUUUGUUUUUGUUUACUGGGUUGAAGUUUUUAGAGAGAGAAAGUAAAAAAGACAGGGGAAAAGAAAAAGGGUUGAAGUUGAACUUAAGCCUUGUUAAGAGAGAGAAAUAAACAGGGGAAAAAAACAGGGGAAAAAAGCAGGGGAUUUGCUUGUGAAAGAGGGUUUAUGUGAACAAUUUUCUGGGUAAAUUUGUUCAUUGAUUUUAAGGGUAGCUAAAACAGACAUUUUUUUGAGAUUGUGAAGAUGAAGUUCAUGAAAUUGGGUUCAAAGCCUGAUGCUUUUCAAUUUGAUGGUAGCACUAUCAGAUAUGUCUCCUCUGACCUUGCCACUGAUGUUGCUGUAACUGUGGGUGAGGUGAAGUUUUACCUUCACAAGUUUCCUCUUCUAUCAAAGAGCAGCCGCCUGCAAAAGCUUAUAGUGAGAGCAGAUGAAGAAAAGAGCGAUGAAAUUCAUUUGCCCGACUUUCCUGGAGGGCCAAAAGCUUUUGAUAUAUGUGCCAAAUUCUGCUAUGGGAUGACUGUUACUCUCAAUGCUUAUAAUGUUGUUGCUGCACGUUGUGCUGCGGAGUACCUUGAGAUGACUGAAGAUGUUGAUCGAGGAAAUCUUAUAUACAAGAUAGAGGUUUUUCUCAAUUCCAGUAUCUUUCGUACUUGGAAAGAUUCAAUCAUUGUGCUUCAAAACUCUAAACCUCUUUUACCAUGGUCUGAAGAUUUGAAGAUUAUUGGGAGAUGCAUAGACUCUAUUGCAUCCAAGACCUCAGUGGACCCUUCGAAAAUCACUUGGUCUUACACACAUAACAGAAAAUUAGCAAUGCAAGACAGAAUCAUCGAGCAUGAGGCAGUUGAAUCAGUUCCCAAAGACUGGUGGGUUGAGGAUUUAUGUGAAUUAGAUAUCAAUCUGUAUAAGCGAGUUUUGAUUGCUAUAAAGUCAAAGGGAAGAAUGGAUGGUUCUGUGAUCGGAGAAGCUCUAAAGAUGUAUGCCAUCAGAUGGUUGCCAGAUUCUCUUGAUGCUUUGGUUUCCGAUGAUCAUAUCCAAAGAAACAAGUCGUUGGUGGAAACAAUCAUAUGCUUGUUACCACCUGAUAGAUCAUUGGGUUGUUCUUGUAGCUUCUUGUUUAAGCUGUUAAAAGUUGCCGUUCUAGUUGAAGCAGAGGUUGCCGCUAGGGAAGACUUGGUGAGAAAAAUUAGCCUGAAACUUGAUCAGGCAACAGUAAAGGACCUCUUAAUCCCAGCAAGGCCUCCCCAACCUACAGUUUAUGAUGUCGAACUGGUUUUGUGCAUUGUGAAAAGAUUCGUGCUGCAAGAAAAAAGCUGUUGGGAACUGAAUAUUUACGAGAACAAUGAGAAGGGCGAGUCAGAGUUAGCUCUAGACCGUGGAUCCUUGUUAAAUGUUGGUGGACUGGUUGAUGCUUAUCUUGCUGAAAUUGCUUCAGAUCCAUGUUUGGCCCCUUCAAGCUUCAUUGAACUGGCGAGAUUGAUACCUGAGUCUGCAAGACCAAUCCAUGAUGGAUUGUACAGGGCUAUUGAUAUGUACUUAAAGGAGCAUCCAGACUUGACUAAAGCGGAGAAGAAGCAAAUAUGCGGGCUAAUGGAUGUUAAGAAGUUUACCAUGGAUGCAUCAACUCAUGCUGCUCAAAACGACCGGCUUCCUCUUCGAGUUGUAGUCCAAGUUUUGUACUUCGAGCAGAUGAGGUCAGCGAGUACAACUCAAUCCCUAAACAGAACUUCCAACAUCACUUCAUCUUCCACACCAAAUGAAGAAGAAGAUUGGGAUCAGAGAACCCUAGAAAGCUGUAAAUCGCUGAGGAAACAGAUUGACAAAGUGAAGAUCGAGGACAAUGAAGAAGUACAAAGAAAUGGGAAAAUGAUGGCCAAGAAAAACAGUAGUAAAAACAGCCGGAGUGGGGCACAGCUUGUUCCUUCUCGAUCAAGGAGGAUAUUCGAUAAGUUAUGGGGUAUGGGUAAGGGGAAUGGGGAGAGCAAGAGCUCAGAGACAAGCGGAAGUUCUCAGUCACCAACUACUUCAUUGGUUCCUGGUGAUACAAAGUCGUCUGGUUCAAGUUCACGACACAGGAGGCAUUCUGUCUCUUAAAGGAAGCGAGGAGAGCUAUUAGAUUUGAUGGUCUAUUAGUGUAUAAAAUGUGGUAGAAUUAACUUCUUUUUUCUGUUGUUGUACUUAGUAGGUUAUGGGUGUAGUGUUUAAGUAAUUAGGGAAGUUGAUGUGAUUUAUCUGCUAACAAAAAGGCGCUAAUUAAGUGCAGAAAAUGUAACCAGUUCCUUUUGUAAGUGUCCUUCAUGCUACUCGACCAACUUAGGUCCUAAUUAAUUAUUGUUUAAUCUAAUAUUUUCUCUUA